GAGAUGUGUUUUGGUGAAGCAGACGUUACGGGAGAUCCCCAUUACACCACUUUCGAUGGAAAACGUUUUGAUUUUAUGGGAAAAUGUGUUUAUUAUUUAGUGAAAGGACUCGACUUCUUUAUCACAGCUGACCAUUACGUUUGGCAGAACGGACAGUUUGUGAAAGAUUUUAAAUCUCCUCUUCCAUCCUGGACGAAAAUGGUAGAAGUACAUCAUGGAGAUAACGUAGUUUCAUUAAAACCGAAUUUGGUGGUAACCUUUAAUAAUAAACCUUUGACGAAAUUCCCGCAUAAAGAGUCAAAUAUAACUGUUAGUAAACCAACGGGUUCAAAAAUAAUUGUUGAAUUACCUAAUUACCUUCAAGUUCAUUGGGAUGGUCAAACUACGGCUAAAAUUCGCGCACCAACAACAAUGCGAGGUUAUUUGCAGGGUUUAAUGGGCAAUUUUAAUAAAGAUCCAAAAGAUGAUUUUGUAUUACCAAACGGAGAUUUAGUUGAUGAUCCAAAUGUAUUCGGACAUUCAUGGAAAGUUGAAGGAAGUUGCGAAGAAGAGAACACAGAUCCUAUUCCAGAUCCGUGCCAAAAUAAUCCUGCACAUAAACGGGAUGCAGAAAAAGCUUGUUCUAUUCUUAACGGAAACUUAUUUUCUGGUUGUAAAGACCACAAUUCAAAAGAAUCGUAUGAUUCAUGCGUUUACGAUUGUUGUCAUGCGGAUGAUUUGGGGGAUAAAUGCGCCUGCGAAAUUAUAGCAGCUCACGCAGGUCGUUGUUUAAAUAAAUCAAACCAAUGGAGAAAACAAGUUCCCGCUUGUGAAAUAAAAUGCCCCGCAGGGUUGGUCUACAAUUAUUGUCUAAAUCCUUGCGAAAGCAGUUGCGAUUAUAUUGCGGUAAAUCCAACCUGUCAAAAGCAAUGUUUGGAGGGUUGUGGUUGUCCAGAAGGAAAAACGUUAGAUGAAAAUAAUAAAUGUGUCGAAAUAGAAAACUGCAAAUGUAAAUUGAAUGGGAAAUAUUUUCCAAAGGGAUACAAAAUUACUGAAGAUAAAUUUAUUAAGACAUGUACAAAAGCUAAAUGGAUUCAAUCACCUAAUAAUGAUCCAAACAAUAAAAACAUCAACUCCAUCGACGAUUUAAAAGCUAAAUGUAAAGAUAUCAAGAAUUCUGUAUAUACACCAUGCAAAUCAUCGAAUUCUUUAACAUGCAAGAAUAUGGAUAAAUCGCAAGAUGACACAACUAAUAAUAAAUGCGAAGAAGGUUGUGAAUGUGAAGAAGGUUUCGUGUUAGACACAAAAUCCAACAGUUGUGUGUUACCACAAAAUUGUCCUUGUUUCUUUAACGGAAGAAGCUACGAUGAUUUAGCAGAACGAAAAAUUUUUAAUGGAAAAUGUAUUUGCAAAUCGAAUAAAUGGGAAUGCACGAAAAAAGAAAACGCUGUUGAAAAAUGUAGUAUCUUCGGUGAUAGCAUUCGAAAUUUUGAUGGAAAAAUAAUAUCAUUUAAUAGCGGCUGCGAGUUUGUAUUAGCUAAUGGGGAAUUUAAUAAAAAACCGUAUUCAAUAAACAUAAAGUCUGGUGAAGUCUUUAUGUCUUACACCGAUGAUGAAAAUAACAACGUUGAAAUCGAAAUAAAAAAAAAUGCGGCUACUUUUAAUAAUGAAAUCGAUUUACAAUCAACGAAAAUCGUCGAUUUGGACUCAAUUGGGAUUCAAAUUAUAUGGACCAAAGAAGGGUAUCAUUUAAAAUUCAAACCUGAAAAUAUCGAAAAUGUUGUAGGUCUUUGUGGAAAACUUGAAGAUCCGGAUACCAUGAAAGAUAAGGAUAACUUAAUUGCGUAUAUUGAUUCUUGGAAUAAUGAACCAAGUUGUUUUGAUACAAUAAACAUUCCAACGGUAUGUUUUAAGGGGGGAAAUUCAUUUAGAACAGUCAAAAAACUCAAAAUUUUUUUUGCCAUAAAAAGUUGCCUGAACAUCUUAAGAAUAUGAUAGCAAAAUUUUAAAGCGAAAUUCUAAGUACUUCCGUUAAAAUAGCGUAUUUUCCCGGUGCGCGUUC